AUGGCUGAUCUAUGGAGCGAUGUCACCGAGCAACCGAUCCUUGCCAUCCAUUCAGGCACAUGCGCCGAUGUUAUUACCGAAUCGACACGCUGUCUUCAACAAUGCGUACAACAACAACUUACAUACCUUGACAACCGUGCAAGAGCCUUGGCAACCAGCGGCAACUUUCAGCGGCGAUCGAUAUUUAUGAUGAGGGGGCUGGCUGCUGUUGCAUUAUCUGAUCCCUCUCGUCAACGACUUGUCGAAGCACAAUCCAUGGCUCAAGAGUGUGAUAACACAAGAAUCGAUUUCAUCAAGGAGCUCCCUUUGGAUAUCACUAUGAAUAUUGCACCAAGGAUCUUGUCUGAGGAGAAGAUGGCACCAAGUGAAAUUCGAGAAUACCUUGACGUGUCACGUGUAUGGCGAGAAAAGCUCCUGAUAUGCAUACGACAAUUGCAUGUAUUAAGCACAACCGAUGACAACCACUUGAACGAUAACGACUUACUUGGUCUGAUCGCGCCUUAUUGUACAGCCCUUACGCUUAAAAGCAAAGUUGUUUCUUUACGUCAAUUCAUAUCCGAUGCACGCUUCCCAUCGUUACGGGCUUUGAACAUAGUCGAUUCUUAUUACCACAGCUAUGAAGAUGAUGAAGAAGAUUUUGGCAGUCGCGACGUUUUCGACACGAUUGUGUCUUUUCGAUCCACAGCAACAUUGACACACUUGACGAUCUCUGUUGAUGACCUUUGCGAUAUUCGCUUUGGUGAUAUUCUUAGCAGCUGCCCAUACCUUGUUCAUUUGGAGACCACCACCAUCAAUACGAACAUGUCAUCUGCACCCACAUGCUGCCCCAAUAUGAAAUCAUUGUCGUUUAUGUUGAAUGAGGAUCAAGACUUUGAUAUGGAUGAGAUCACCAAGCGAUUCCCUGGAUUGGAAAGACUUGUAGCUUCGCCUUUUUACUAUGCUAGUGAUUUGAGCAUCAUCCAAAACAAUUGCCCGAAGCUCAAGGUCGUCGGCAGCCAAAAUCGUAUUGGUGAUUUCCCAGUGACAAGCAAUACUGAUAAUACGCCUACUGCCGGUGUGCAUACAUUUUAUGUUCAUGAUUACGAAGCUCAUUGGCUGGAUCCGGAUCAUGGCGAGAUGGGGCACGUGAUGGAAUUCAUGAAGCGAAACAGCCACACAUUACAAGACGUUUCCUUUUACACGUCGCUCCCUUUUAGUGGACCAUCGGAUCAAAUUGGAGUUGUUGAUGUUAGCAAUGCGCCUCUAUUCAAUCGGAUGACAAGUUAUACGCAACAGAUAUACGUACUGCAACAUCUACGCAUGGCCAAAAUGGUUGCACAGAGAUCACCUCAUUUGAAGAAAUUUGAGCUUAUCUCAGCUUCCAAUGAUGACACCAAUGCGGGUGUAUUCUUUGAUGAUUUGAUUGGCAAAUGCAAACUUGAAUCGGUUAUCAUCCGAUUGGAGAGCUUCGACCCUUUGAUGGACAUGGAAGGCAUCGAGCGCUUUAUUCAAUACCACAGCACCAUCGAUUCGCAAUUACAUACGCUGAUCCUUCCAGAUUAUGUAUUUGUAUCCAAGGAUGCGUUGGACACAUUGAUAGCACUGCCACGGCUCAAAACAUUGGGAUUCAAUUGGCCUUUGGUGCUAGAUGAGGAUGACUCAAGUGAUGACGCUCUUGAUGAUAAGGACGGUGAACACGCUGCACGCUUUAUUCAAAGGCUGGGCUUGGGAUGUCCACAAUUAGAGCACCUAGAAAUAUCCAGCGGUUAUCCAAUGCCUGAUAUCAUCUUCGUACAGCUGUCAAAGCUAAACAUCAAGUCGCUUAAAUUGGCCACGCCAUUGGGCAACAACACAUUAGCAAGUUUAUUGACCCUAUUGGAAUGCCCACAGUUGCAAGAACUACAUAUUUAUCCUCCCUGCAAUACAAAGGAUCCCAUUAGCAAUCAUGUUAGAAGGAUGCUAAAAAGUAAAAUACCCAGCGUAACGUGGUAG